AUGAUCACUCAAUACAAUACCUAUACCAAUACCAAUACCGACACCAAAACAAAUGCCAAUACCAACAACAAAUCCAAAUCCAAAUCCAAUACCAAUGCAAACACCAACACCAGUACUAAUACCAAUACCAAUACCAAUACCAAUAUCGGUGCCAGUUUCAUUGCCAAUAUCAAUACCUAUACCAAUAACAAUAACACUCCAUCAAAAUCUUCUCCUACCAGUGCCAUCCACACCACCACUUCCUCUCAUACUAGCAAAAAGCCAUUAAACCUGGGCUUACACUCAGGUGCUGCCUCUGGAAACUUAGGUCUUGUCAAGUUUGCAUUGGACAAUGGUCAAGCAAUAGAUUCUGCCUUCAAUGGGGUCCUUCCGAUCCAUGCAGCAUGUUGUAGCAAUGCGAAUGUGCCUGUGGUCCUAUUCCUGAUCGAUCAUGGCGCAGAUGUUAACGUGCGACGAUAUCCGCGGAAAUAUAGUGGUGACAGAGUUGGUCAAGCAGUAGGGACAACAGGAUGUACGCCCUUGCACUUUGCAGCUGCCAAUGGAUGUCUUAGCAUUGUAGAAAUCCUUCUACGCCAUGGUGCCGUUCCUGACUUGGCAGACAAGGCAAGUGACAUGUCUUCAUUUCUACUUAAGCAAAAACAAACAAACAAAAAAAAGCUGUUCAUACUCCUUAUUAACCCUGCUUCGUUAUUACGAUCAAUCACAACAGUAUGGCUCAACACCUUAUUCUGUUGCUAUGGCAAGAGGCCACCCCGAAGUCGCCAAUUUACUCCAUCUACAUGUGUCUAUGCAACGGGGUAUCCAAGUAAUGACCCCAGAGGAUGA